CAAAACCGUGCCCGCUACUCUGCCUCUCGCAGCAGAUUGUUCAAUUUAGUCAAAGCCGGGUGGAGCCUAGUAUGAGUCGCUGAAGCAGAGGGAGGAAAUAACUCGCGAUUGUCAAAAAGGCACUUUUAGUCGCUUCGGCCCAGUUCUAUUGUAACAAUCAUAGCGGAAAAUGACGACGACCACCACUUUCCAAGGAAUGGACCCCGGUUCUAAAAAUAGCUCCAGGGUGCUACGCCCUCCAGGUGGAGGAUCCAACAUCUCCUUCGGUACAGAUGAGGAAAACCCCCCCGCCCGCAAGAACAAAAUGGCCUCCAGCAUCUUUGCGGAGCCGGAGGAUCCCCAUGCUCAUCGCAGGAACAACCCACCUGGAGGGAAGCCCACUGGUGUUUUGUGUGGAGAACCGUCAGCUCCACUCAGACGAUGCCAUGCCCAGUCUGCUCGAAACAACUCUGCGACUGAGGCUGCCUUCACUGAGGAUGGAAACAGUGAAAAGGCAAAUGCAGUGGAGAACAGCGAGGAGCAGGAGCCUGUCCAGGAACAGAAGGAUGAGGCACCACUGCCCUCGGCACAUGAGGAGUCUGCUGGGGGCCCUGCGAACCGGAGAAACCCCCCUGGCGGCAAGUCCAGUCUCAUCUUGGGCUGAGAGCUUGCUUUCCUUGAACUUGUCUGGAUUUAUUUUCUUUUUUUAAAGACGUCUCCCCUUGCUUGUCUGUGUGAGCCAUGGAAUUUUGUCCAUUGUUUUGAAUUACCCUCCCCCCCCCACACACCUUGACAGAAGCACUUUAUGUAUCUCCUCCAUUUCAGCCCACUGUAGUACUUUGGACUUGCUGGAAAAGAUGUGAUUAUAGACAAACAUUUCCCUCCAUUCUUUCCUGAUGUAAAUGGUUUGAUGCGUGAAUUUCUAAAUACAAUAAAGAUUGAUAUAAAGCACUGAAA